AUGGCGGCCCCUCACGUCUCCAACCAGGGUUCCCCCAUCAACGAUUCCAAAUUGUUCGUCGAGGUUGAAAAGCCUCGUGAUCAGCAAAAAGAAUAUGUCGUCGACGAGGAAGGCAGGGCUAUCCCCAUCGAUUACUCUGGAGCACACGAGAAGACCGACCCUGCUGAAAUCGCCCUGGUCAAGAAACUUGAUCGAUGGAUCAUGCCCACCCUUUGGAUCAUGUACUGGCUCAACUAUUUGGACAGGAAUGCCAUCGCUCUAGCCCGUCUCAACGACCUCGAGGAGGACUUGAACCUCUCCUCCACCCAAUAUCAAACCUGCGUUUCCAUUCUUUUCGUGGGUUACCUCCUCGGCCAGAUUCCCUCCAACAUGAUCCUUACCCGUGUUCGUCCCUCAUAUUACAUGGCCGGGUUUAUGGGUCUCUGGGCGAUUGUCAGUACUUUGACCGCCGUCUCCCAGAAUUUCACUGGUCUCCUUCUCACUCGCUUUUUCUUGGGCGUGACUGAAGCCCCAUACUACCCCGGAGCUCUAUUCAUGCUCUCCGUCUUCUACACUCGCAAAGAGAUUGCUACCCGUAUUUCAAUACUGUAUACCGGAAAUAUUCUUGCCACUGCCUUUGCUGGACUCAUUGCUCUCGGUAUCUUCGAAAUGGACGGCAUGGCAGGGCUCGCUGGCUGGCGCUGGCUCUUUAUCAUCCAGGGUGUGGCCACUUUUGUCGUUGCCAUCGGUGCUAUCUUCACCCUUCCUGACCAUCCCCUCACCACCCGCUGGCUCACCCCCGAAGAACGCCAGUUGGCUCAUGAUCGCAUUGAGAGAGACACCGUCGGCGGCAAAGCCGGUACCAGCACUUUCGCCGGUCUCAAGGAAGCCGCUCGAGAUCCCAAGCUCUGGCUCUUUGCCUUUAUGCAGCACAUGCACUUGGCUGCCAAUGGCUUCAAGAACUUUUUCCCUACCGCCGUCGAAACACUCGGCUUCAAUCGCACCAUCACGCUCGUCCUUACCUGCCCUCCCUACCUCAUCGCCGGCUUCAUCUCUGUCUUCUGGAGUGCUUCGUCCGGCAAAUACAACGAACGGACUUGGCACAUUACUGUCGCUAAGGCUAUCGCCAUCUUUGGCUUUGUUCUAGGCUGUGCCACUCUCAACACUGGCGCCAGAUAUUUCGCCAUGGUGGUCUUUGCUAUUGGAACCUAUGCCGUCAACUCUAUCAUUCUCGGCUGGGUGGGAUCGACUUGUGGCCAGACCAAAGAAAAGAAGGCCUCUGCGUUGGCCAUUGUCAACACCAUCGCCAACUCGAGCUUCAUUUGGACUCCUUAUCUUUGGCCUAAGACAGACGCCCCUCGCUACACCAUCGCUAUGGCUUCCUCAGCCGGCUUCUCCGUCGCCACCGCAGCCGGUGCCUGGGCCAUGCGCCUCUGGCUCCAACGCACAAAUAAAAAGAUCCGCCAGAGUUCAGAUGAAACCACCUUGUUCUACGCCUACUAAGAAUUUGUUGUGUUUCU